AUGGAUAUUACAGAUGAGGAAUUACGGAAACAAUUGGCAAAUUAUAUGGAUAAUGUUCCACCAGUCACAGGAUCAACUCGUGAUGUUCUGAAACUUAAACUGGCUAAAUAUGUGUCGUCAGAAAAUACUUCAAAAAGUUCUUCUGCUAAUGUAGAAAAGGAUGUGGAAAAGCGCGCUUCAAGGCGUCAAACUUUCGCUUCAUCUACUAGUUCACCCAAAACCAGCAAUGCUGUUGAAAGUGAAGUUUCGAAUUCUCCAGUGGAGCAAGCUUCUGACAAACGCCGUAAGACCAUCAGUGUUCCACCUCGAUCUGCUUCACCAGAGGAACUUCAGGAUGAUUUCCUUCAUAAUUCUCCUAUUUCUGAGCGCUCACCCGAGUUGUCUCAAAGUUCUCCUCAAGCUCCCAGAGCUUCGUUCUCUCGGUCAUCUCUCAAUAAAUCUCGUAACGGCGAAUCUAUUCUUUAUGAAGAUGAUAAUUAUCGUGUUCGCUACUUCCCCUCUUCUGAAAUGCCGGAAUAUCCAGGUGGUGUACCGGUUUUCCGACGACGUUCACUUCAUCCUCUUAAUGAUAAAGAGGAUACCUCUAAUCCCUAUGAGGAAUUCUACAUUCGUUCGCCUCGUUUGCAAGCUAAAAUUGAUGCGGAGCGCAUUAUCUCUCGUGUCAUGUCAGGAAACGGUACUUCACACCCUGACAUGUAUUAUCGCGGUAAAAACUCUCGCGGCAAUUUAUUUCCUCCAAGUGGUCGUAGGUCACUACUCAAAAUACCCUCUAUGCAUUCUAUUAUGGACUUCUUCUCUAGUGUCAUUCUUGGUCUUUGCGCUCUUCUUCUAUCUCCAUUUGCCUUGGUUCGUUGUGCAUCUUCCCAUAUCUGCUCAGCCGUCGGUUGCAAAACCCUGUCUGUCCUUUGUCUCGUCUGCAUUCUGGUCGCUUUGACAAUCUUCUUCAUUUUUUCCGAUCCCUUCUACCGUAAUCCCGUGGCAGAAUUUGCUGAUCGUCUCUCAGGCCCUCUCGCUUCAUUUAUGCAAACGAAAAAUUAA